AGAAAGUGUCAUGUCUGAUGCACCGUAGCUACACAAAAGUGGUGUUUGUAGUAAAAGACAACGAGCUAGCACGUAUAUGUUUUACACAGAAUAUUAUAAGAAGAUAUCACGACUAGCUGGGACAGGCCAGGCAUGAGUGGCGCACACCUGGACGAAUGGCAGAGGAGGUCCUUUGACAUUUCAUCUGGCAACUGCACACCUGAACAGAAGGCAGAUGCCUACCGGGCCCACAUCCUCUCUAUUCAGUAUGCAUGGGCAAACUCCCAGCUCUCUGAGGCCGGCAUGGCCAGCCUGUUCAGGACCUACUCGGAGCACUAUGCUGCAGUGCUAGACUCAGAUGACCCACGCUCAGGGCUAAACAACUAUGCAGAGAGUGCUCUGCAUCUGGCCCGCAGUCAGAGAAACUACAGCAAUAAAUGGGAGUCGUCCUUGACCAUGGAGAGUGUGCUGGAGUUGCCCUGCGUGCAGAAGAUGAUUCAGAAAGGGACAGGGGGAGGAGGCUCCCUGGUGGCACCAGCAGAUGUGAACAUAACAGUUGGACAAGAGAGCAGAGGCAGCUCCCUGUCUGGUCCCAUGACCAGUGUCAGGUCAGAGACUCCAUUGUUCAAACCUGUAGGUCCACCACAACCUCAAACACAGUUUAACAGCACCUCCAGUGUUCAUAGCACUACUUCAGACAGACCAAGAGGGUCAGAGGGGAUCUCAGGUAAUCCUACCUUGUUCCCUCGACCUCCAGCCCGAGCUCAGUCUGUGUUCAGUUAUCCCUCAUCAGCUGCACAUCAGGGAAACUCCAGUCCUGCAUUUUCCACACAAAGCCAUCAGUCUACUUUUUUCCCUACAUCAAACCCAUCAAAGCGGAAAAACUUUUACAACUCAGAUGGAGGGGAAGGUGUUAGGGGUCCACAAGGAGGUCAGACAAGCACUGGCCCAAGAGCUGGAGGUAACUUUAAAACAGCCCGUGAACAACUGAUUGUUGAUCAGCACAAGAAAAAUUCCCAUCAGCCCCAGAGAGGUCAGACCCCUGGGCUUGCAGCGACGAUGAAGAAAUCCCUGGGUGCCAACAGGCCUCGUGGAGCAUUUUCUAAAUUUGUGUCACCUUUGCCACGGCAGGAGGAGGAACAAAGUGGGGGGAGCCACAGUUUUAAUCAGGAACCUCAGAUCAUGGAUGAGCGCCUGAAAAACUUUGAGCCAAAGAUAGUUGAGCUGAUCAUGAGUGAGAUCAUGGACCAUGGACCCCCUGUGGCCUGGGAUGACAUAGCAGGCCUGGAGUUCGCCAAGACUACGAUAAAGGAGAUUGUGGUGUGGCCUAUGCUGCGGCCAGACAUCUUCACAGGCCUCCGUGGUCCUCCUAAAGGCAUCUUGCUGUUUGGACCUCCUGGUACUGGAAAAACCCUAAUUGGAAAAUGCAUCGCCUGCCAGUCAGGUGCCACCUUUUUUAGUAUCAGUGCGUCAUCACUCACAUCCAAGUGGGUUGGCGAGGGAGAAAAAAUGGUGCGGGCCUUGUUUGCUAUAGCCCGCUGCCACCAGCCGGCGGUGAUUUUUAUCGAUGAAAUUGACUCGCUGUUGUCCCAGAGGACAGACGGGGAGCACGACUCAUCACGCAGGAUAAAAACGGAAUUCUUGGUUCAGCUUGACGGGGCGGCCACAGCAGCCGAGGACCGCAUCCUGGUGGUGGGGGCCACUAAUCGACCUCAGGAGAUAGAUGAGGCCGCACGCCGACGCCUGGCCAAGAGGCUGUACAUCCCCCUGCCUGAAGGAGCGGCCCGACGGCAAAUCGUGACCAACCUCAUGGCCCAAGAGAAGAACCAGCUGAUGGAAGAGGAGCUGGAGAGGGUGGUGACGGCGACGGACGGCUUUUCAGGAGCGGAUAUGACUCAGCUGUGUCGAGAGGCGGCUCUGGGUCCCAUCAGGAGCAUCCAGCUGAGCGACAUCGCCACCAUCACUGCAGACCAGGUACGGCCCAUCCUCUACAGCGACUUCCAGGACGCCCUGAACACUGUCCGCCCCAGCGUCUCAACCAAGGAUUUGGAGCUGUAUGAAGAGUGGAAUAAGACUUUUGGAUGUGGACGUUAAGUUUGGCUCCUAAUCCAGCUCGGUCCUACCUCUGCUUGACUCAAGAAUGACUGUGAAGACACUUAAGAGUAGACAAACUUUAAGUAUGUUACUAAAUCUAGUUAUUUGUCAUAAAUUAUAUUUUAUGAGCAUCUAUUCCAGUAGAUUUGUGUUAUUUUUUUGCAACCAGUUUGAUGUUUACUGGUUAAUUUACUUAAUUUAGACCUUAUACACACUGCGUUACUACACGAAAAGUUGAUAAAUGCACACACCCAAGGUAGAGAGCGAUAUAAGUAUUAUGUUAAUGUCUGAUAUGCAGGCUGAGUAGAUGCUUUAUGAUCAAAAUCACUAAGUAAAUUGUUUCCAUGUUGUGAGAAUAACACCUGAUCCCAGUUGUGUUGAUGUGGCCCUUUACGGCACUUUCUAAAUUGUGUUUUUUCCUAAUUAAAUAAAAUCUUAACGGUGUAUUUUUUGCGUUAUUGAAGAAAAACACUUCAUUAGCAAAGGGUAAUGUGGGAUACUGUGGUGCUUUCGUCCACAGAGGGCAGUGAUAGUUGUGUGUGUGUGCAUAUCUGACAUUUCCCCUUAAUUUUCAUUGUCCUGAAAUGUUCCUGACGCUGGAUGUGCUAAUCGUGCCCGCGGAAGUUAGGCAAUGUU